GUAUCGUGGGCUUACACUCCCAUGGGCCAAACAACGUCGAAUAUCCCAUCUUCGCUACGACGUCCUCCUUGAGUUCUUUUAUGACUCCUUUCUUCUCGACUUCACCAAAACAACCUCAAUCCACCUCAGCAAUGGCUUCUCAGUACUCUUCCAACGCCCCUCUCCCCCAGGGCUUCUCAGUCUACCAGCCUCAGCUUGGCGCUCAGCUUCAGUUCUUCCCUGCUCUUGGCUCACAAGAGCUUGAUGACAUGAUGAACGCCUACAUUCCCGGCCCCGCUGCUCUCAAGGAGAAGCGAGCAACAAUCUCGCUCGACUUCUUGGAGCAUUCGCAGCUCACUGGUCAGACGUUCAAGUUUUAUCCCGUCUACUACUCAACUAGCCCUGUCGCCGCCUCUCCAGUCAACUCAAUCGCCACCUCUUCUUUCAACACAUCUCCAGUCAACUCGACACUGGAUUGGAGUCAAGCAUCUGCCUCUCCCUCAGUGUCUUCUCGCUCCUCUAUUUCCAAGAGCCGCAGAACCUCCAAGUCUAACAACAUGGUCGCUCGCUAUUCUGCGAUCGAUCUUUCAAACCUGCCUGGUAUGAAGAUCAUGACCAAGGAUGGUGAGGAUGUCACAGAUUCUGCCUCUCGAGGUUCCAAGACAAAGGAGCAACGUGAUCACGCACAUCUCAUGCGCAUCAUCAAGGCCUGCGAUAGCUGUAGACGGAAGAAGAUUCGCUGCGACCCCGACCACAAGAAGCGUUCAGCCUCUCAAACCCAGCCUCAAUCUGCAACAAAGGCAGCAAAGAAGGCACGCACAUCACCACCGGCAGCGGCGACACCAGCACCUCAGAAACCGGUGGCUGCUGGUGUUUCAAUUUCUAAAUUAGACGAUAAUCCGGGCAGACCAGUGUCACUUCUUGGGAUUGAUCCUACCUUUACAUUUGCUGGCUUGGACAGCUUCGAGUCCACUGACCAGAUCACCGAGUCAUGGGAAGAAUUCAUCCAGUAUCCUCCCGCCGAAGUGGAGGACAACUACGACUUCUUCCUCGACCCCCAGGGCUACUUCUCCUCCUCCCAAUCCUCUGCCUCCUCUUCUUCUGCCUCGCCUUCUAAGGCGCUUACGCCUGCGUCGCAGCAAGAUCUGCUGGCCAUUUCUGGCCUUGAGGAGGGUGAGGGAAUGUCGUCACAAUCCACCUCACCACAACUUCCGUUUAUGCAAGACAACUACGCCGGCUCUGCCAGCAGCUACACCGACUUUAACCUAUUUUCGCCUUCGUCCACCUUUUCCGAAGAUGACCGCAUGGUUCCGAUUUCGUCCACGCGGAUGCUCAGCCCAAGUCAGCCGUCGGCUUCAGGAUCUGAAACUGCCUUCUUCGACAGCUUCGAUCCAGAUGGCCAUACGCUUGCAACUGAUUGGAGCGGCACGAGCGAGCCAGUAUCUCCCUUGGAGACUGGCGGCCUUGUUGCGGCUGCCAACACAAGCCUGCCGUGGUAUGAUCCGGGUCACAACGCAGUAGCAAACCCUGAUCAGGAUUCACGCGACGGUGUCAGUGCGAUAGCUCCCACCGGCUGGAUAGGCGGUGUUCGUAUAGCCCAUCCACCGGGUGGUUCUCUCCUCGUUACGAUGGAGUCUGGAAGUGGCAUGGAAGUGAUUGCGAAUAGCGCACCUCCUGGACGUUCAAAUGUAUCUGGAUCUGAGAUUGUAUCAAUUGCGAUCCACGGAAGUGGCACAUCAGUUGAUGUUACCACAAGCCAACCCGCAAGCACCGCACUGCAGUUCCGCGGCGACAUACAAGAAGAAUCAUUGUACGACACAUCGCCAACCGAGCGUAGGAUCGCAAGUGAAACACCAGCUCGUCAUUCAUCUUGGUUAUCACCCGGCCAAGCCGACGACUUCCGAACCGAACUCACGAGCGAACGAUCUGUCGCGUCCGCAUCCGCAUCCGCGCCCUCUUCGCUGGCGACCGCCACGAACCGUCCAUUCCGGUUCUCGACGGGCUCGGAAGAGUCACCCGCGAGGGUAUGCGAUGCCACUGAGCCCACAAAAUACCGUUCGGUCCAGCUAACUCUUUUCAAGGUCCAAACCGAACCUGCCGCCAACCGCAGCGUGAUUCCUGGUGCUUCCCCUGGCGUUUCGCCUGGUGGAUUACGUGCAUCAUUUGGUGAAUCCAAUGCUCUACUAGCAACCGCACACGCAACUGCCGGCGAGGAUACUACGGUUCCUGCCUCUACUACUGCCCUUGCUUGGCCUCAUAUUACGGAUGUUAGGACUCCUGAGAUUCUCAGGAAUCGCAGCGGCCUGCCUGCUCAGCAACCAAGCGGCGAAAUUAAUGUACACCAGCAGUCGGCGUCUCGGAGCGACAAUGGAAUUCAACCAUUGUCGCCCCGCCUCCUGCAAGCGAUAUCUCCCAAGGAGGAUGUUCGCGCUGCUGAUGAACGUGCCGCUUUGGUUACGAGCAAGCCAAGCGAAGUAUCGCUCCGCCAAGUCCAAACUACACAAGCCGCUGCUGCGAUGUUGGUCGCUACUCUUGUUGGCGCCACGUUCGCUGGCAUGAUGGGGCUUUCUGCCGUUUUCUCUUUCGCUUCCCUCAUUCUCGCGAUGAGAUCCGUCCUUCAACGUCUCGAGACUCCCAGUGGAUUCAAGGCAACCUUUGCGUCGGCACCAUCGACAAUGUCAAGUUCAAGAUCCAAGGACAGUGUCUACCCUUGGGCAGGCCCUUCCCUACGGAAAUACCACCCUUUGGUAUCGCGAGACAAGACUUCUUGUCAUCUCGCUCCCCAUUUCUCUUCUUUUCUCAAUGGAGCCAUCGGCACGGCCUUGGUAGCUCCCAUGAUGGGCUAGAAGUAUUCUUGCACAUGCAAAGGAUGCUCAGAGACAUUUGGGCAUCUAGACCACGUGUUUUUUCUACAAGCCAAUUGGCUAACGAUACCCUUUUGCGUGGAUUGUAUUAGGAUUUGGUAUAAUGCUGGGCGGGAUUUGGUUUUCCAUUCGCCCAUUUGGUGUAUCAUAGAGUAUAGCGUGGCAUCAGGACUAGCCAUUUGGCAGAGUCUUAAAAAUGAUAUAUACUGGGCCAAAAG